GUUACGUAACCCCGAGGUUUCUGUUAUGGCCGCCGGACGUCAUGUAACCAAAACAAGCUGCAAGAUGAUACUGUGUUAUUUUUUUACGGUGAUGUCUGAAUUUCUGUAGUUUUGGAUGAACAUGGCAACAUUUUUGAAUAUUUUUCUUCCAUAAUGGGUUUAGUAAUUAUAUAACCGAAGGCAGAGAAAAGAGAGAGCGAGAGAGAUAAGAGUAAUUUACCUCGGCAGGAACAGAGCUAGUUAGCAUUAGCGUUAGCAUUAGCGGCUGUGGCUCGGCGGUGUAACCGGGGCAGGAGGUGCUGCAGUCGGGGAGAGAGCUGUGUUUACAACCGCUGAAGAGACGGGGAACAGGAUUGGGAAGCAGCAGGGGGAAGCGGCGGCCGGUGCCGAGCCCGUGGAGAAGAUGGCAGGCAGCCCGGAGAAGAGCUGCUCCUCAGCUCAGGAGCUCAAAGAGCAUGGCAACCGCCUGUUCCUCUGCAGGAAGUACCAGGAGGCCGUCACCUGCUACAGCAAAGCUAUUAACCGGAACCCAUCAGUAGCGGUGUACUAUACUAAUAGAGCGCUGUGCUACGUGAAGCUGCAGCAGUAUGAUAAGGCAUUGGCUGACUGUAAACACGCGCUGGAGCUCGACAGCCAGUCAGUGAAAGCACAUUUCUUCCUGGGUCAGUGUCAUCUGGAGCUGGAGAACUAUGAAGAGGCUAUCGGAAAUCUACAAAGAGCGUAUAACCUGGCUAAAGAGCAGCGUCUGAACUUUGGCGAUGACAUUCCCAGCGCCCUGCGUUACGCCAAGAAGAAGCGCUGGAACAGCAUGGAGGAGAAGCGCAUCAGCCAGGAGAACGAGCUGCACGCCUAUCUCACCAAACUCAUCCUGGCUGAGAGGGAGCGGGAACUCGAAGAUUACAGAGAGAAGCAGGGUGACGACAAUCUGAGCGACAGUGACAUCAGCAAAAUCAAAACCAAACAUGAUAAAUAUCUGAUGGACAUGGAUGAGCUCUUUUCCCAAGUGGAUGAGAAGAGGAAGAAGCGAGAGAUCCCUGACUAUUUGUGUGGAAAGAUCAGCUUUGAGCUAAUGAGGGAACCGUGCAUCACACCGAGUGGCAUCACAUACGACCGCAAAGACAUUGAGGAGCACUUACAGCGUGUCGGCCAUUUUGACCCUGUGACCCGAAGUCCCCUGACCCAGGAUCAGCUGAUCCCUAACCUGGCCAUGAAGGAGGUGAUCGAUGCCUUUAUCCAGGAGAAUGGCUGGGUGGAGGACUACUGAAAAAACACACACACACACACACACACACACACACACACAUACACACACACACAGAGAGAUGGGGUGUGAGGGUGGGUCAGAGCUGCUUCUGGAUGUACGUGUGCACUUUAAACAGGGGAACUUCGCUCUGACACGCCCCCUAAUGCUGGACUCUCUCAGGUCUCCCUCUAUCUAUAUAUCUGUGUCUUAUUCUGUCUGUUUUAUCUCCAUCUGUGUAUCCUAUCUCUCUCUCUCUCUCUCUCUCUCUCUCUCUCUCUCUCUCCAUCUGUCUCUGUCUCUCUCUCUCUCUCUCUCUCUCCAUCUGUCUCUGUCUCUCUCUCUCUCUCUCUCUCUCUCACUGUCACUUUAAACUCAUACUUGUGCCACAGACCUGUUGUAGGUUUUUCUCACUCACUCUCUGUCUCUGUUCUGAUGUGAUGUUGUAUCAGUGUGAACUGGAUAAAGGUGAAGAGUGCGUAGUUUAUUUUCCUGCCAGAUAUCUCUCUCUCUCUCUCUCUCUCUCUCUCUCUCUCUCUCUCUCUCACACACACACAGACACACACACACACACACACAGACGUUGCACACUUUAACUGUGCCUCCUGUUGCUCCCUUCAAGUGAGCAUGCUCAAUGCUGGACUAUGAGAAGACCAGUUACUCAUCACGUGUAAUAAUGAGAUAAAACACACUAUAAUAUAUAGUUGGGGGAGAUGUGUGUGUGUGUGUGUGUGUGUGUGUGUGUGUGUGUGUGUGUGUGUGUGUGUGUGUGUGUGUGUGUGUGUGUGUGUGUGUGUAUAUAUACACAUGUCCAUGUUCAGCAGUCUGGGGGAAUUAAGGAGCUUCACAAUGCUUAAUAAGCGCAUAUUAAACAAGUAGGAUGUUAUUACGAAUUAAUUAAUAUGUUAUAGAUUGUAGUUAGCUGCAGUUGGAUCUGUGUGCGUCUCCUAAUGUAUGUUUUUACACAAUGCACACACACAGACACAAGUGUUUCUAUCCAUCAAAGUUCAGUACGUUCUAAGAUCGCUGAUUAAAUCACAGCUAACCAAUCAGAGAAAAUGGGGCGGAGCUUCGGAAUCACAACUGGGCUAACGGCAAACGGGAUCUCGAUCUUGGUGUGUGUGUAUGAAACAAUAUGAGAGAUGAACAUAGUGUAUUGGAUGCUUUGUUUUCUCCCAGACACACACACACACUUUUGUGCCGUUAACUUUAAGUACACAAGAUGGUAAGGUUCAAUGUUACGGUUCACUGCAAGUAUUCAAACAGGAAGAGGAAUGCUCGGGCGCAUGUUAAAUAAAUCUUAUUUUUUCUAAAAA